CUCCAACCUGCAAUUUCUAUAUCGACCAACGUGUACGUUUGGCAUCAACGACAGCCGAAAUGCCACCAACAUCAGUUCCGAUGCAAGCUCUCGUCCCGCUGCUUCUCGUUGCGUACUACGCGGGCUUUGCGCACCACAGUGCCACAUCUGCGUCGUUGUGGGAAGCGGACUGGGUGCGCACGGCCGAGGGCUCGGUAGCCAACACGAACGUGACCUGGUUCGACGAUGGGGAUGUACAUCGCUAUCGGUUUGCAAAGUACGGCGAGAAGAAGACGUACUGCUUCUACCCGAACGCGACGCUAAGCUUUCGCAUGGAGCCGUUGACAAGCCCUUCGCAGCCAUACGUCGUCCAGUGGCUUGGGCAAUUCGAAGCGGCGCACGUCGUUGCCAACUUUGCCGCUGGCUACAUGACACAAUUGCAGGAACGCAUCCCGCUGAUCCGCUCGUUGCUGUGGCCGUGGAGUGACUUGCCUGUCAAGUUGACGAGCAAAGCGCGCGACCAGUUGCAUCUGACGUACAUUGGCCCGACGUCAACACCGUGCCGCAUGCACGAGGGUUUCGAGGCUCAUUAUACGCCAUUUGUGGACCAAUUCGUCCCGGAAAAGCUUCAAUACGUCCUUGCCCUGUUUCGCAACUACGUCGCUUUGCGCUGCGAAAGCUUUCAUGCCUUGCCCUGCGACGGCUUUGGUAACGAGUGCUUCAUCAAAUUGAGCCCAUUUGAGUACCCGUGCAUCACCGUCCACGGGCCAACUUCAGGCAUCGUGCUCGCCAACGCACAAGUCCCGUUCACAAUCGCGAGCAAGACAUAUGUCGACAUGGCAUUCGCCCGCAAUUUCCUCCUCGGGCUCUUUGUGUACUUUUCGGCCGAGACGCUGGCGACAAACCGCCUCUUCCACUACGCGUUGGGCACGGCCAUUAGCAUAGUGUUCUCACUCACGCUGCCCCUGUACUGGAUGUCCAAGCUGGCGCUGAACGUGGUGCGGCGACUGCCCGGUGGCAGAGCUCUCGCGAGCGGAAUCAAGGUUGCGAGCUCCAUCAUGGGUCUCGUGCUCCUUCCCGUCAUUUAUAACCCCCUGUGCUAUCUGCUGGACCUGCUCUACCAAUUUUGGCUCAGCGACAGCGUUAUGGACGUGCCGCACCUCGGAAAGCUGUACGUCACCUUUUUUGGGCUCGUGGGCGGCGCCAUGGUGCAUCGCUUCCAUGGUGGGCGCCCGACGCAAGCAAACCUACGAAGCGCGGUGGCGGCACCGGCUACGAGCACUGCGCGGAAGCAAAGGUCAUGGCGGGCUCCCAGCAGUACCUUGCAAUCUAUCUCCAGGUAUUUGGCGUGGCGUUGCUGCUGCAGAGCACGUCGUCAACCACCACAUCGUGUGUCGUCGUACUGUUAACACUCCUUUCGUCGGUGCUCUACUGAGCAAUUUUCGACGUGCUGGUCGGAGAAUGAACAUGAUCUAGUCAAGGUUUGCUACUAGGAAUGUCUAGCAAUUCAACUGAACGCCACGGCUCCAGUUUUGCCUGGCAGACUUGA